CAACUUCUCAGGCCAUGGCUGCUUCUCCGAGGCGGGGCUUCCCAGAGGUUGAAAUCCAGGAAAAUUGGUCCUUGCAAUCCUUGAGUACUCAACUUGAUCUCCACCUCCUGCGGCUAUUCGUGGAGCUCGAGGAGCUGGAAGGAAAGCGUGAGGCCUUGAACGCCCGAGUGGAGGAGGGCUGGUUUUCCCUGUCCAAGACUCGUUACGCCAUGGGCGCCAAGGCCGUGAGCUCCCUUCAGUAUGCUUCCUCUAUGGUUCCCCUCUUCCGGGUCUGCAUCAGUGAGCUCGAGUCUGGUCGGCCUGAGUUCCAGGUUGUGUUCACUGACCCCAAGGAAGUCCAAGAUGUGACUGAUAAUGAAGAGCCCAAGUCGGAGGCUCCUUUAACUCCAGUGCUUCGGCGUCGGCCUCAGCCCCAUCCCCAGCCCCACGGGUCUCCUUUGCAAUCCACCUCACCAACACCUGCCCCCUUGGCAUCUCUUGAUCGGGAUCCGUUGACUUGGUUUGGGAUCUUGGUGCCCCAGAGUCUACGGCAAGCCCAGGGAAGUUUCCGCGGAGCCCUGCUGAUAGCUGGGGAGAUUGCUGAGCUUCAGGGCCGAAUCGAGUGGUGUAGAACUCAGGUUCAAGCACUGCAAAAGGAGAAACAAAAACUGCUUGAACAGCUGAAGGUCUGAAGCAUGAACAUUCUCUAAAAUUUAGAGUCCAAAUAAAUAAUUUAGUCUCUGGUUAAAAGAAAAAGCCUGCUUUUUGAAAGAAGCCUUUUCACUGCCUUCCCUCUAAAAUGAUUUCUAAUUUAACCUGUAUAUAUCUUGUAUGUAUGUAGUUUGCAUGUUGACUCCUUUAUUAGAUUUUAAGUUUGAGAACAGAGAAUUUUGGCUUUAUUUCCUCUGCAUUAGCACAUUGUGUAAAACAUAUUUGUUGGUUAAUAAUUGCUAGCCCGUUUGUCAACUUCGGGAGCAGGGGGGGAAGAGAGGAGGGAAAGAACGUGAACCAUGUAACCAUGGAAAAAUAUAAAAUAAAAUAAAAUAAAUGCUAGCUGAUCUCUAGCUUUCUUCGUGACAUUACAAACCACACUUUAAGAAGGGAUUUACUGGUUCUCUCCCCUUACCUCCCGCUGCUGCUUAGCCUUCCUCUUGUAUAACCUUUCAUCUACUGUGCAUGUAUUUUGUAUUUCUAUACAUGUUGUUUCCCCCUUUAAAAUGUAAACUACUUGAGAGCAGAAAGUG